CUAACAGAAGUCUUUAAUGGGAGCAAUAGUGGGAAGCCAUAAGUAAUCCAGCACCAUAGGGCAUUUAAAAAGGUUGUAGAGCAUAUUGCUGAAAUGCUUUGGUAAAUUUGAGGAAUGGUCCAGUAGCCUGGUGUUGAAGGAAUUUUCUGCUUACUCAGUGUCUUAGAUUCAAUUUUUCACCCUGGAUCUCUCUGAUCUGUUCAGGAGGAUUUCAGAGGACUGUGGGUGCUCAGCCUUUGUGCCACUGCUUCACAUCACUCAGCAGUGACGUUUAGUGUUGGUUAUGGAGAAUUUCUGACAAUGCCGCCCUUCCAGGCUAAAGAAGAAGUGAUAAAGGGCCUAAAGACAGCAGGAGCUGGCAGUAUUGCAGGUGUUGAAGCUAUAAGGAGAGAUGGAGAGUGUGAUGUUAUCCUUCAAAGUGCACAUGGAAUACAUGAGGAGAAGCUAUGAAGAAGACCAAGAUCAGGAUGCCAUAGGUGAAAAGGCAGAAGACCAAGAUCAGGGUGCAGUAGGUGGAAAGGAAGACCAAGAUCAAGAUGCCAUACGUGGAGAGGAAGAAGACCAAGAUCAGGGUGCCAUAGGUGGGCAGGAAGAGAAAGAGAAUAAGCCAUUUCUUUCUCUUUCUCAAAUUACUGCUUUGUUAGAAGAAAAUCUGGAAGGAGUUGAAAAAAUGUUGGAAGAAUUUCUGAAUUUUACACAAUUAAAGACAUCUUGGAGAAAAGCUGUUUUAAUAGAUUAUUACAGUGUGGGAUUUUUGUGGGCUAAAGAAAUGAACUUCAGUCUUACACAGCUCUCAGAAUUCAUGGAACUAUUAAAUUUCAUCUUGGAGAACAUCAGUGACAAACAUAUGACCUUAGGAGAUAAUUUAAAAGAACUGGAAAGAGCAAUGGCUAAAAUAGGAGAAACUGAUUCAGAACAAGGAGGUGACUUGAAUUUCUUCAGCAUUGAGCAAGGCAAAGCAAUCAUUGAUUACUUCAUUAACAGCUUAUUUAAAUACUAUAGAGUGUAUGAGUUCCUCUUCCAGCAUCCUAGAGGACUUGAGUUAAGUGAUGAGCACCAGGAGGAUGGGAUUGAACUUGACCAACCUGCAGUUCCCUCCUCAGCUGCAGCGACAGAAUCUCAGGGGUCUGCUCAGGAGGAUUACCUGGAAGAGCCCUGUCCAGAGGUAGAGUCCUCCGAGGCAGAUGCUGUGGCUGGUGUCACUGCUGAAGAUCAGAAGUCUGCAGAGCGUGAAAUCCCAAAUGAAAUUAUUGGCAACCUUGAGGCGGACGUAAAUGAAAAGCUGCAAAUGCAGGAAGAAGCUUAGACUCGGAGAACAGAAAAAUUAAAAAAUCGUAAAUAGCCAGAUAAAAAAGGCGAUGCUGGAUUUCACAGGAAUGGGGCAGUAGGGGAUGGCACGCACAGAGCUGGCUCCCUGCCUGAACAUAAUUAUUUCUGUAUAAAGGAAAGUGGUUCUGUUAACAUUUACCUAGAAGUACUUCAUCUCAGUUCCUCAAAUUUACUGUGUUCUGCCAGCAUUGUUGUUUAGUUUAGGCUUAAGUUGAAGAUUAUAAACAGAAGGAUACAGAAUCAAAACAUGUCGAAGUUCAGUUUAUUUCUGAAUAGAAAUCCUAA